GGACGAACGAACCACCGCAACCCUCGGGCAGUGCAGUGCAGUGCACACCUGUGGCUUGCCUUGCCACGGCAUCCAUCGAUCAUUUCAUUUGGCCUUGAGCCUGAGCUUGGGGCACACAUUCAUCGACUGCAGCUCCUGUAACACACACACAGAGAGGGAGGCCACCGCACACACGCAUGUCAGUCACACGGUGAGAUGGCCUGUGUCGGUCCGUUCGUAUCCGUCCGUCCGUCCGUCCCUCCCUCCCUCCCUCACCUGGAAGAGCAGUUUGCAGGCGUAGGGCAUUUUGAUGGCGGCGACCUUCUCGCCCGACUUGCAGUAGGGACACCAGCCGGCGUAGCCAAUCAAACCACACUCUGAUCAAUUGGAUUAUUUGACGGGAUGGGAGGGAUGAGCAAGACACACCACACACACAGGUGUGUCUGUGGUGCGGUGCUGUAUGGUGUGGUUGUGGUGUGGUGUGGUGCGCACCUCGGCACACGGACGCCUCGAAGAUGUCCGAGCUGAUCAUGAGGCGCUCCAUCAGCAGGUUGGACGCACUGCACACAACACAUCACAGCAGAAAGCAAAAGCACCAGCCAGUGUCAAGAUGGAUCGGAUCGAUGUGGCUGGCUGUGGUGUAUGUAUCAGUCAGUCAGUGUGAUUCGAUUCGCACCGCACCCGUAUGCGACGAGGCAGUCUCUCUCCAUCUCUCCAAGCCGCAAGCCGCCCUCCUUGGAACGACCCUGCACCACACACACACCGCACACAGCCACCCACAGCCAAUCAGCCACACACACAAUUAUGUCAUGUGUGUCGGUGUCGGUGAGGUGACUGUGUGCUGUGCUGUGCAUACUGUUGUGGGUACCUCAGUGGGCUGUCGUGUGAGGAUUUGCCUUGGCCCCCGUCCCCUGGCGUGCAUUUUGUCCUGGACCAUGUGUUUGAGUUUCUGGUAGUAGACCGGGCCCACGAAGAUGUAAGUGCUCAGGGCCUCCCCGGUCACACCAGAAGUCAAGUACUCCUGUCGGCACACAAGACAGACAAGACGAGACAAGACCACACAGACACACAGACAGACAGACAGACAGACAGACAGAUCGACCCACACGCAAUGCACUGCACGCCGCGAUCACUUCCGCGGCAAGAUAGAGAUCUCACCUUGCCGGAGUAUGAGAAGCCGUAGCUGAUCAGGAUCUCACCAAUGUCUGACCAAACACACACACACACACACGGACACGUGCAGUGCAGCACAGCCACAGCAAGGACGAAGCGGAGGUUCUGCGCUGCGCACGGAUUGGACUGCCCGGCGUGGCGUACCGUACCCUUGACAGAAGUGCCUCCGAAUGCGGUGCCGUACUUGAACUUGCCGUCGCACAGGGCCGACUUGCCCGCUAUCAGCUCGAUCAUCUUGCCCACAGUCAUGCGAGAAGGGAAGCCUGGCAGGCACACACAACCACAAUUACACACAGAAAGAGAGAGAUGGAUCCCUGUUCUGAGUGCAACGGAUCGAUGGAUGGAUGGAUAGAUGGAUGGAUGGACCGACCAUGAGGGUUCAUGAUGAGGUCGGGGCAGAAUCCGGCGUCGUUGAAUGGCAUGUCCUCCUGGUUGACGAUCAACCCCACCACGCCCUUCUGCCCGUGACGCGACGAGAACUUGUCACCCAACUCGGGGCGCCGCGUCUGACGCAGAAUCACCUGCACGAUAUAUGGAAUGGGUGGAACGACCGACCGACGGAUGCAGGGCAAGGCGCCACACCACACAGACAGACAGACAGACAGAUGGGGAGAAGGCCAUGUGGGUGUGGUGGAUGGCUGCGUGCCGUGCCUUGUAGAUGGUGGUGUCCUCGUCGUUGGUGGUGAGGAUCACACGAUCCACAUAGGAGGGGACGGUCGUCUGCAUACACAGACACGUAGAGACAGACAGACAGAGAGGAGAGGCACUAAUGUGUGGUGUGUGCUUCUGAGUGCGUGUGUGUUGGCAAUAUAUUCAAUUCACCCUGUAUGUGACGGGUGUGGGUUUGAAGUCCUUGGGGUCCACCUUGUUGAGGUCGAUCCGCGCCUCACGCGUGUUGGUGGGGGAGUACUGCACGAACCACGUCAGACAGACAGACAGACAGACAUGACACAACUCUCUCUCGUACUACGAGAUGACCUGACUGACCACCAGGAUUCGUGUCUGGUCUGCCCGUCAUCUGGGUGUUUCACUGCUGACUGACCUUGUUGAUGUAGAUCUGCCCGUCUUGUACCUGACAGACACUCACACAAUGACAACCAAACAAUUGCCAACACUGUGUCUGUCAUGCAUGUCUGGCUGCCCUUAAAGCUGCCUAUGCAUUGCUAUCGAUCCGACCAUUUCUCCGACUCUGCAGACGCCGUCGUCGUCGAGUAUGUCGAACUUGCGCGGCACACCCGUCGUGCGGGCGUGCUUACGACCGCCAGCCAACUGAUAUCGGUCACAGAGAUUACAUAGUCGCAUGCAGGUGUCCAUGUGUGUUGCCGUGUGUGUUGUGUUGCCCUCCCUGUGACCGACCAUUCUGGACUGUGCCGGCAUCUGUGGUGGGGGGAAGACGCGGUCCUGCGUGCCGUUGGAGUAACGCGACAACGGAGUGCUGUACCUGCAGGCAUCAAGGAAUUGACAGACAGCACCACACACCUACCAGAGAUGCUCGUGCGUGUGUAUGUGUGUGUGUGUGUCACAGGUACCUACCUUCUGAGAACGUAGCAUCGUCCGAAUCCCCUGUCGAGGCUGGCACGGUUCAUGAUGAUGGCGUCCUCGAUGUCAUACGCCUGCAUUGCACGGUAUCAGAAACAACACAACAUACAUAGGUACGCCAGUCUGUCCAUGUCUCUCUUCUGUCUGGUGUGGUUGCGGUCCGGUUGGUACCGAGUAGCUCAUGAUGGCGACGCUGGCGUUCUGGCCGGCAGGCAGCUUCUCGAAGUUGAUAAGCUCUGCCAACACGCACACACACAUGGGUGUGUGUGUGUGGAUCUCACUGACGUACCUACCGAUGGUUUUGGUUUUGCAAAGAGGUUUUUGCGGGUAGACGAGGAGGUAGAGCAGCGUGUCGCACCGUGCGAACUGGUUGGUGGCGAUGGCCCCCAUGGCCUGCUUGCCCAUGGCACACUGGUAGGUGUUGCGCGGACUCUGGUUGUGGUGGGGGUAGGGGAUGAGCCCCGACACGACCCCCAUGAUGGUCAGCGGGUCAAUCUCCAGGUGAGUCGUCUCCCUAUGUAUGACACACAACCAUAACCACACACACGAACAUCCACAUGUGGUACAUAAGACACGGAUGCAGUUCAUUUCCUUUCACCACGGCUCUCUCGGCUCACCUACCUCUCGAUAUCGGUUUCUCUGAGGGCGAUGAGCAGGUUGUUCUCCUCAUUGACGUCAAUCCACUCCAGUAUGCCCUAAUCACACCACACCACACCACACCCAACAACACACAGCGAUCCACCCAGCCCCACACAGCACAAGCCUUCCCUCUCCCGUACACACCUACCGUCCUGAGGAAGUCGUCAAAGUUCAUCUGUCCGUCUCUGAGCAUGUCUAGGUGUGUGCCUGUGAGUGUGGGUUUGCCCCUGUCGACGAUGAUGAGUGGGCGGCACAGCCGGCCGCCGUCAGAGGCGAUGUAAAUGGCGCGGUGGGCCUCGUUGUCGUACACCGACACAAACUCCCCGACCUGCAGCAUUCGCACACACACAGACACACACACACACAGACACACACACGCAGCGCAGAGAGAGACAGAGAUUUCUGUCUGUGUGGGGAGGGGGUCCCAGGGGUGAAGGAAGGUUUGUUACCUUCCUUACCUACCUUGCCCCUUCUCCUGAGUGUCCGUAGGUUCUUCAUGAACUGCUUCGGCCGCCGGUGUACGCCCAUCAGCAGACCAUUCAGAAACACCAGAUACGUCCCUGACCAAGGACAAGGCCAAGACCAACAAACACACCAUAAACAAGGAGAACAGAUGGAUGACCACCUACCUACCCAACAUGUAUCUGUUUGUAUGCACCGCCCCCUCCCAACCAAACCUGGCGAGUGCAGUUCUUCCCCCCCGAUGGCGCCCGCGUCCUCGACACCGAGCGAGAUACACAGCCGCUGCAGCGGCUGCGCAUUCUCGUCCUGCGUCACGUGCGUCAUCAAACUGACACAACACAACACAGCACAGCACAACACAACACACAUGAGCUCGUUCUUUGGGUGCCAUACUGCUGCGUGGCGUUGUGUGGUGGCGCACCUGAGGUUUUUGACGAGUCCGCAUGACUCUCCUUCUGGCGUGUCGCACGGACACAGCAUGCCCCACUGACUCGGCUGCAGCGCACGGGGACCGGACACCUGUUGGGGGGCGUGCAGACAAACACAGGUAGGUGGAGAUAGAGAUAGAGAGGGACAGAGGGACGACUUGGCUGGUCUGCAUCGGCGCAUUGGUGGGGUGCCUGCUUUCACCUUUCUGGAUUUCUCGAACUGAGAGUUGACGCGCGUCAUCAUGCCCAGAGCGGCUAUGUACGACAAACGAGACAACACCUGCACAACACACACACACACAAGACAGACAUACACACACCACUCUCCCUCCCUCCCUCUCCUCAGUUGAUCUCACUCACUUGUGCGACUCCCGUCCGUUCCAUUUUGAAUCGUUUGAUGUUCCAGUUGCCGCUGCUGAUGGCGUGCUGCAUGCCACGCGUGAUGAGGUCCGUGGGCGGCGAGCGGAAGAUGUCGGGCGGCUGGAUCGAGUCGCGCGCCUUGCUCGAGGAAGCCAACGACUGGUGGUACUUGGACAACAUCUGGUCGGCCUGACGCUUGAUCUACAUGACACACACAGACACAGACACACACACAGACACAGACACAGACACAUGGGCGGGGAGGUGCGGUGGGGACAUGUCUGUGUGGUGUGGGUACGUCGCUGUUGAAUCGUUUGAAGAGGUCUUCGAACAGGAGUGCGAUGAGCUGCCCCGCCAGCUCCAGCCGCUUGUUGCCGUAGUAGUCCUUGUCGUCCAUCAGGGUGCGGUCCACCACCGCGUCUAACACGCGACGCACCAUCAGACACAAAAACCUAAGAGAAGAACACACUCAGACAUUGACACACCGUUAGCGAACGCAUUUCAUUGCGUCGGGAGAGCCUGUUCGUUCUUGUCUGACGUGCUGUGCUGCGCUGCGUACCUGAGCUUUGGUCCGAAGUCGCUGCCGCUAGUCUCGAUGUGCGACAGCACCAACCUGUAGAUAAAGAUUAGAUUGACACACAACGGACGGGACGGAUGGCUCUUUAGGCUGGAUGGAUGGACACAUUUGUCUGUCUACGCACCCACCCCACCGACCUGUGUAGUGCCUCCAGCGCCUCAUCCGCCUGCUGCUGGGCCUUGAUCAGCGCUGAUGACUUCUGAUCAAGGGAGGGAGGGCAACACACAUGGGAAUGGGAAGUACCGGAUUGAUUGUUGCUCUCGCCCCACUCACCGCUCCGGCUUGUGUGGCGGACGCGCCAGCAGUGCUACGUUGGUAUGCGGUCCUCUGGCGGUACUUGAGCCGCUGACCCAGGUAUAUCAACGCCGCAUGCUGACUCAACACACCUGAUAGAUCGGUGGAGGGUGGGAUGGAUGGAUGGAUGGAGGGAUGGCACACACACACACACACACACACACACAGAGUAUGAAGAAGCGAUGUUGCGCGUAGCUAAUGCGUGUGUCGUACUUGCGUUGUGCGCGUCCUGGAUGGACAAGCUGAGCCCCUCGUAGUGGUGGCGCUUGGUGCCCACCUACACACACAGAAAGAGAGGGAGAGGAGAGGGAGCCGUGUACACCAGACCAGACACCAGACAGACAGACAGCCACCCAGCCCAGCCCAGCCACAGGUUCAACCUGUGCUGACUGACUGACCAUUUGCACGAUUUCCUGGUCCGUUUCCAUGCCCAUGGCCUUGAGUACGAUGGUGAUGGGUAUGUCCUCUGUGAAGGUGCUGUGGCGCAUGUAGAGCCGGUUGUUCUUGUGCACCACCAUGGUGCGGCUCUUGUUGUCCGUCGUCGCCGACGUCACCACCGCACACACGUUGUGCUUAGGGUCAGUCUCGACGAUGAUGCGAUUCUUGCUGAGCUGCUCCUGCAUCAGGAUCACCUGCACACACACACAAUGCGCCGCGCCCUGUACGUGACUUGUGUCUGUUUUGAUGCCAUGUGUGUGCAGACUGACUGGCUGGCUGACCUUUUCGGUGCCCUUGAUGAUGAAGUAUCCGCCCGGGUCGUAAGGGCACUCGCCCAACUGCUGCAUGGCCUCGUGGCUCUUGCCGUGCAGCACACAGAUGCAGCUGCGGAGCAUGAUGGGCAGCCGGCCGAUCUCUGCAUGUCUCUUGACCACGAUCUGGUUGCCGCGGAUGUACUCGACGUCCACCAGGAUGGGCGCGGAGUAGGUGAUGUCCCGGAUGCGGCACUUCAUUGGCGUCAGCGUCUCGCGCGACAUGGCCAGGUCAGAGUAGGUCGCCACACCCACAUGGACGUUCGUGUACCUGCCAUCCAUCCAGCCAUCCCACCACACGCACACAUACAUUCUGUGUGUGUGCGUGUGGUGCCCCUUGGUUGGCUGACUGACUUGAGGUAGAAUUUGGCGUCGGCUUCGCUGGUGACGAGGCAGUUGGAUUUGGCCCUGACGAUCUCCUUCAUCUCGACAUUCACAAAGUGGUUGUAGCUGUCGAUGUGCUGCUUCACCAGCCCCCGCGCCUGCAGAAACGCCGGCAGCAGAUUCCACUUCUCCUGUGGUGGGCCACACACCACACAUACACACACACACACAGCAGCAGAUUCAGUCAACGUUCAUGCAUCCUGGUAUGUUGUCUGUCUGUCACGAGUGGUCUCACCCCGAUGUCAGAGAUUGGCCUGGCAGCUUGGAAGACCGACGGCUGGUCUUCGCCCUCAUGCUGCAUGUCCUCAUCGGCCUCGUCGUCCUCCUCCGGCAGGGAAAAUCGCACACGCUUGGCCCGCUUCCCAAACAUCGCGAGUGGUCGCCGGCCAAUAGAUCCGCGGCUGCUGCUGCAGCCAGCCUUCGAUUGGCCCUUUGAAAGCGCCUUAUAGAGCUGGAGAGUCCAUCAUAAGCGUGACCCCAAGCUGACACAGAUCUUUCAAGAGAUGUGGCGAAUGAAAGAUGCUGGUGCUUCAGAUGGUCGUCAGAGCUUCCAACGGGCACCCAUACUGGGAAAAAG